AUGCGAUUCACCCAACUCGACGACUUGACCUGUCUGAUCGCCCAAAUCGGAUUCUUCACCUCUUCGAUUUCCGUACUUUUGUUCAAUUUUCUGACCAUUUUCUUUGUGAAUCGAGAUUUCGGAACUUAUCGUAACCUUUUGAUCUCCUUCUCACUCCUCGGCUUUUUAUUUUCAUUGUCAGAGUACGUUGUUCAUCCUGUAAGUGAGGCGUAGCAAUCUGUCGAACGGAUUUGUGUUUUUCAGAUGAUUCACAGUUAUAAUACUGGAUUUGUCUUUUUCACAAAUCCAAAAACUCCGGAUGUCUCGAACGAAUUAAUGAGAAUCAGUUUAGUGACGUUUUGUGGCCUUUACGGAUCAACUAUUUGCUUUAUAGCUGUUCAGUUUUUGUAUCGAUAUUGGGCACUUUUCGAGUAUGUUUCAAAGUAAACUCACAUUUCCCAUCUACCGUAACCUUUUCAGUGUCGAAAAGCUCAAGUACUUCGAAGGCUGGACCUUAUCCCUCUGGUUCUUUUACAGCUUUUCCAUCGGUGCGCUCUGGGCCAUCGGCAUUUACCAUUUUCUCGAAAUCGAUCAAUUCUCGACACUCUAUUUCUACAAGGAGCUUUCCUAUCACUACGGCCUCAAUCUCACCUCGAUUCCAAGUUUCACAUCUGUCAUUUACACCGAAGACCGGCGAAUCCGAUGGUGGAAUCUAAUGUGUACUGUCGAAAUGACUAUUAUUCUUGGCUCACAAUACUCGAUCAUUUGCUUUUGUGGGCAGCGAAUGAGUGUUGGAAUGAAGGAGAAGAUUUCGAUGUUGUCGCAAACGAGAAGACGUCUGCACACUCAGUUCUUCAAGUCGUUGGUGUUGCAGGUCCAUAGUAAACUUAACUAGAACUUAAAAUGAAGUAUUUCGUUUGCAGAUUGUGGUCCCAUCGGUGGUUCUCUUCCUUCCAGUCAUCAUCAUCGUCUAUCUUCCUCUGCUCGAUGUUCAGUUCAGCUUCCCAACCGGCGUGAUCUUCAGUGCAUUUGCUCUUUAUCCGACCAUCGACACUAUCAUCAUUCUCUACAUAGUCUCCGAUUACCGCUCAGCACUGAGAAGGCUGUUACUGUCUGUGCGGAGCCGGAUAAACUCUGCCGCUCCUCACUAUUUCCACCAUGAACCGUUCGUAGUGCCACGCGGAGGCAGAAGCAAUUCUAUCGCUCUACACCCCUCGAUUCAGACAACCGAACUGUGA